AUGGCAAAGAAUGGUUUUUAUCGAAAUAUAAUUGGUAUGAUAGUUAAUGGACGUUGUGGUACUGUAAUGGAGGAGAAUAUCUAUGAGAAGAUUGAGAAUGCUCUGUCAGAAAGUGGUUUUGCAAAAACGAUUUUCAUUUGUGUUUAUUUAAUGAAAGAUUAUCGAAAGGAAAGAUUGAUUCUAAGUGAUGAUCAGAAUUUAUUCGGAUAUUUAUCAUCUUCAAUGGAAAAAGAAGUUUUCCCUUAUGUGAAUUACGAUACUAAACAAUGUAUAUCAGUUGAAAUGAGGUGGAAUAACGUGUGUUUACACGAUAUCGACAGCAGAUAUAUCGAGUCAGCUAAGUCAAAGUUUCUCGCCUCUCGAGUGUACGUUUCAUCUCUUUUCUUAGGGAAGGACAUACACUAUGAUGAAUAUUACUAUUUAUGGGUACGCGACGAAUCAAGCAAAUCAGAGCAAAAUGAUUCGUUCUGGUUAUUGCCAUCUAUAACUCAAGGACAAAAACAAAAAUCGCUGUCUUGUAAGAUAAAUGAAACGGGUCGCACUGGUGAUAAUUAUAAAUCUAUUAUGAAAAAAAGGCGCAGAGAAUCUCAACGGUCUUUAGAUUCAGAUGAUGAUGAUGAUUUCGCUAGUGGUACUAAGUUUCGAAAAGAUUUAAAUAGGAAAAAACCGGCAUGUCGAAAGAAUGGAAUAUCCAGAAAUCCAUUCGGACGUGAGAUAAAUUUCAAGAAAACAAAAUAUCGUAAGGGAUUCGAUCAGUUAUUAUCCAUUAAUGAACCAUUUUCAAGCUCAUCUGAAGAUAGUGAAAAUGAUACAUAUAUUGAUGGUGUAAAAUCUUCAUAUGGAGAAUUAAUCGAAUCUGCCGGCAAUUCAAGUGCAUUUCCAUUUUCAAAUCCGAAUUCUGUUGCUUCCAAUCGAAAAAUAUCAUCUGACAUUUUAUUGCUGGAUAUUUUAUCGGUUUACAGUAAUCUUUGUUCAUCUGUCGCUGGUAAAGGAAUCGUAACAGAAUGUUAUGAAUGGAAAAAUGAUUCUCCGUCAGUUUCAAAAAUUGAAGGCUUCAUGCUUGAACUAUCGGGCAAUGGAAGUUUCAACUCGCCUCAUAAAGUUUUCCCACUAGAAACUUUCUAUUUUGGCAAUUAUGAUAAUGGUGCUUCAUCAUCUCUUCAUCUCGGACUUUGCCAUGUGGAACAUAAUUCUAAUCGCUAUCGCAUUCCAAAAUCGGGCAUUAUUCAAGGAACGAUUUUUGAUCCAAAAGGAGCAGUUGUGCAUAUUUUUCUUAUACCAAUUGAUGCAGCAGAUUUGCCGAAGUCACAUACUUCUAUUCGGCAUAAAACCUUCUUGAAAUCUGUGAAUACAUCAGUCGGUCAAAAUUCUCUAAAAUGCCUUAUCCAUUUAAAAUUGAAACUCAGUCGAUCAAAUAGGCUUUAUCUUUAUAGUAAUAUGCAAAUUUUGUUUGCACCCACAAAUAAUGAUGGAAAUAUUUUUCUUUUGUCUGAUUUGGAUAAGCUUUAUAAUGCAGUUGAGAAGUCGGAUCGUCCUACUACAUAUUUUUCCGCUUCUUCAUGUUUAUAA